AUGGCACAGAAAACCAGAGCUGUGACCAGUAGGCAAUUAGAGGACCGGGCAGCUGUCACAGAACCUUUGCCUCAGAGCACAAAUUUACCACAGAUCGGCCAGAAGUACGCGCCGUGUUUCAAGAAAGGAGCCAUUUGUUACGAAAGUGCAAUAAACCCCGGAAUCAAAGAGGUCCUAGUCGUGAAUGUAACAGGUGACACAGGACCCAAGGGUCCACAGGGUGUACAGGGCGCACCAGGAGCGCAGGGUUUACAAGGUGAAAGUCGUUUCUUGCUUCUGGGCAACGGCUACUACUAUAUUAACUGUAUGAUGAAUAAUCUAUUAGAAACUCGGUGCAAGAGUCCACAAGGCCCUACAGGUCUACAGGGCCCAGCAGGUCCUGUAGGACCUAAAGGUGAUGUGGGACCGCAGGGGAGUGUUGGCCCCCAAGGGCAGGUAGGCCCAAGUGGGCCAGCUGGCAAAGAUGGCUCCACAGGACCUACAGGUCCCCAGGGAAUCACAGGCCAGCAGGGCGUGGCUGGGCCUCAGGGUCCCAAGGGUGAACGGGGUGCCACGGGGUUCGGUUCUGUAGGUCAAACAGGCCCAGUUGGACCUCAAGGGCCAGCAGGUUUGAACGGCGCCGCCGGUCCGACCGGACCACAAGGACUUCAAGGAUUACAAGGACUGAAAGGGGAGCGUGGGAGUGUUGGACCACAGGGUUCAGUUGGACCCGCUGGAGCUACAGGUCCCGCAGGAGCUAAUGGAUCACAAGGACCCAUAGGUCCGAAGGGAAUUCAAGGUCUGCCUGGAAAUGUGGGUUCGGCGGGUGCCACGGGACCAGUAGGCCCUCAAGGUAUAAAGGGAGAACCAGGGUCCGUGGGACCAAGAGGACAAGAUGGAUCUAUAGGUCCAGCUGGAGCUGUUGGCGCUACGGGCCCAACUGGAGCUGUCGGUGCCACAGGACCCAGAGGAUUUAAUGGCAUCAACGGUGGUCCCGGAGCACAGGGAGAUACCGGACCAACAGGACCUGCUGGUCCUGCAGGAAGAGAUGGCACUGAUGGCACCAAUGGAGCAGCUGGUCCACAGGGUCUUCAGGGACUUGUAGGUCCAGCAGGAGCAAAGGGAGACGUAGGGGCUCCAGGGCGUGGUUUACCCGGUCAGAAGGGAGAACCAGGUGCCCGUGGCUUCAACGGAAUCAACGGCGGCGUCGGUCCAAUGGGUCCUCAAGGUGCUCAAGGUCCACAAGGACCAAAAGGCGAACAGGGUGCUGCAGGUGUGCAAGGGCUAGUGGGACCACAGGGGCCUACAGGGCCUCAGGGAGCCGCUGGUCCACAGGGUGCGUCCGGUCCUAGGGGUCUUAAUGGUCAGCAAGGGCCUGUUGGACCUACUGGAGCUGCUGGUGUGAAUGGAGUUAAUGGUCAGAAAGGAGAACCGGGCUUGCAGGGUAUACAAGGGAUACAGGGAGCUGUUGGAGCAACAGGUGCCACCGGACCCCAGGGGAUAUCUGGUGCGACAGGAGCCACAGGUCCAGCUGGUCCACGGGGUUUUAAUGGAAUAAAUGGUGGACAGGGGCCUGCAGGUCAGAAAGGAGCACCUGGGCAGAAGGGAGACGCUGGCGUUAAUGGUAUCAACGGGGCCGCAGGAGCAACUGGAGCCACCGGACCCCAGGGUCUUCAGGGUGUUGCCGGACCAAAGGGAGACGUAGGACCAACUGGAAUCGGGUCUACAGGACCUACAGGACCUGUUGGCCCAGUGGGCCCGCAGGGAAUAGUGGGUGCCAAAGGAGCUGUGGGUCCACAGGGUGCCAAGGGAGAACAGGGUGUGGCCGGAGUUAGGGGGUUUAACGGGGCGACCGGUGCUACCGGAGCCACAGGAUCAGUCGGUCCACAGGGCGCCAAGGGUAACCAAGGAGCGCAGGGUGCAGUUGGUGCCCAGGGUCCACAGGGUGCUGUCGGAAGUGUCGGACCCAAGGGUUCGGUGGGGGCUACAGGGCCCACCGGGGUCCAGGGGCUACCAGGACCAACUGGGCCCCAGGGACCACAGGGUGUGGCCGGGCUGAAAGGUGCCCCAGGUGCCAAUGGGUUUGAUGGUGCGAACGGAGCACAGGGUAUUCAGGGUCUCCCAGGAGCCACUGGUCUGCAAGGCCCGACUGGACAAACUGGUGCAGCUGGACCUAAGGGUGAUGUAGGGCCUGCAGGUAGUAUUGGUCCACAGGGGGCAGCGGGACCGCAGGGUCUGGUUGGUCCUACUGGACCACGUGGAUUCAACGGGAUUAAUGGCGCUCAAGGUCUGCCUGGAGUCACGGGGCCAAGGGGAUUGACUGGAGCUACUGGCCCUCAAGGCAUCCCUGGUCCACCGGGUACCAAAGGCGCGCAAGGUUUGACAGGAGUUGGUCGACAAGGACCACAGGGUCCUAAAGGUGAAGUUGGCCCUGUCGGUGGACCGGGUCCAAAGGGCAGCAUUGGCAACGUUGGUCCCCAAGGACCUGUAGGGGCAACUGGCGUCGCUGGUGGUGUUGGGCCGACGGGACCCCAGGGUCUUCAGGGUAUCCAGGGAGCACGUGGCGAUACUGGGAUCAUGGGACCCGCGGGGAGCGUAGGACCCAGGGGUCUUCAGGGUGUGGCGGGACCUACGGGAUUGCAAGGUCCCAAGGGAGAACCAGGGACCAAUAAGGGCGAACCCGGCCCUCGAGGGUUUAACGGCAUAGAUGGCGCUACUGGAGCUACAGGUCUCCCCGGACCACAGGGGGUCAAAGGUGAAAGAGGCGUGGCAGGUCCUACAGGAGCCGCAGGAAAAGAUGGCACCCGAGGUCCAACAGGUUCACGAGGUUUGACUGGCCCAGCAGGGACCGUUGGUGCGCAAGGACCAAAAGGAGAGAUUGGACCUCAGGGAAUAAAGGGUGAUACAGGCACUAGGGGCGCUACCGGCGUAACAGGCCAGACAGGACCAUUGGGACCCAUUGGAUUUACAGGUGCGACCGGUAGCACUGGACAAACCGGGCAAACUGGACCAACCGGCGCUACUGGUGCUACGGGGCAAACUGGCCCCCAGGGUCUCAGCGGCCUGGUGGGACCCAUGGGCCCCCAAGGGCCACCAGGACCUCCAGGAGGACCCCCAGGACCUCCUGGUCCACCGGGCCCCGCAUCGCCAUUUGCCACCAACGAGUGUGAGGACAACAACGGCAACUGCUCUCAGAUCUGUGUGGAUACUUGA